AUGAAGCACUACAAAAGCUUCAGGAAGCGUGGUGGCGACGGUGGCGACGGUGGCGACGACGAGCUACUCAUUUAUCUACUCAAGUACCUCAUCAAGUGGUUCCGCAAGAAUUUCAAACACGAUUCCAAUGGCUUGAGAGUAUUGGGGUACGUGCCCAAAAAGAGUACCAAGGAGACGAAAUAUGAGGAUUAUUUCCCAGCAAACUCAAAGCCCAUUGCUAAUGUUGCUGAUCUAAACAAGGUGAUUAAAAAGUUUCAGCAUAAUCGAGACACAGGCGCCCAGAUUUUUACUGCUCUACUUCGGUCCUUGGGCUUUGAAGCCCGUCUAGUAUAUUCGAUACCGCUUUUGGGGUUGAGAAAGCCGUUUAAGAUGCAGCCAAAGUUGAGGCGCAAGAUAACCGAGGUGAAUAAGGACAAUGACUUGUUGUAUCCUUAUUUUUGGACGGAGUUGGUGAAUCCGUUGGACCCGUCGCAGUUGUUUGUUAUUGAAACGCAAUGCUUUUGGGAGGACGAAAAGCAAUUGAUUCGUUUGCAAAGGUACAGCUACAAGGGUGGUAUUUCAAAUUCAUCAUCAUCAUCCUAUACAAGCCAGUUUUUCCCCCUGCAAAACCAGUUUUGUCAAAUGUCCAUGCAUUAUGUAGUGGCACUCACUAACAACAACUUGGUCUUGGAUGUGAGUUCGAGAUACAUGCAAGACGUGUCAUACCGCUGGUUCAACCGGUUGGACUUGAGGACAGAAAGUGGCAGGGUAGCUUUGCUAAUGCAAUCUGUGAUUAGGAUUGCGAAUGCCCGCAAAUCGUACUCGCAGGAUGACAACCUUGAACUUGAUGCUCUUCGAUAUUUGGCCAUGCACAACUGCACGAUCCCCAAGACUUUUUCAGCAAUGAAUCGGAGUCCCAACUUUACUACGCCGUCUACAUUAAGGUACAACGAAGUUAUAAUGAAAGAAGGAGUUGCGCCGCUUCAAUUUGUCAAGUUGGAUGGGAAAAGAGAGCCCGUGUAUUUCAAAAACCAUUUGUUGAUUGGCAAGUCCGAAAAGCAAUGGAAGUUCUUGGGCAGAUCUAUAAAGCCAGAGGAAAUCAACAAACCCAUAAAACUCGCCAAGGCAUCUCCGCGUACCGUGUACAAUAAACGCAUCUUUGUUCAAAACCAAAUGAAUGAUCCGGAGUUGAAUGAUGUCAAACUAUACAGCUUUGCCCAAACUUGCCCCUAUCUCAGGCUCAAGGUGUCACCGCAAGGCGCCUUGCCACGAAAUGAAUACGGCAAUGUGGAAAUAUAUAGACCAAACAUGGUUCCUGAAGGAGCCGUAUGGUUGAAAUUGUCCAACGUCGAGAGCAUCUUUCGCAGCUCCACCAAAAACGAAGAAGUAAGACAGGUCAUUGACUAUGUCCCAGUGGUUGUCGGAUUUUCUUUCAAAAAGGGCCAAGCCUACCCUGUUAAGGAUGGACUUAUUGUCCGCAAAGAUGACGAAGUUGCAGCAAAGAAACUCUGGCUAUCAGAAAAAAUUGAGGAACACCAGAGGAUGCAACGGUUGCGACAGUUGCAGAUGUUCCACGCCUGGCUGAUCUUGCUUCGAAGAUUGCGAAUCAAGAACCGGUUAG